CCCUCCUCCCCUCCCCUCCUCCUCCCCAGCUGAUGAUGGCCAACCCUUUAGCUGCAAACGCUACGGAACUUAGCCGACAGCUAGCGGGGUAGCGUCGUUAAGUGAGCGUGAGGUCCGAGCCUGUCGUCAUGUGGAUGUGCUGUUUUAGAGUCCAGUGAGGGCGCGUGAAGGAAACAGACGAGCCCCAGGACCGAACCGGCGUCUGAGCACCACGCGCAGACCAGUGCCGCUCGCGCUAGCUUACUGGUGUGGUGUGACAGCAGGAUCAGAGAGUGACACCGGCUAACCGCUAGCUGGUUAGCUGGUUAGCUGGUUAGCAGCAACACGUAGCCUAGCUGGCUAGUUAGCGCUGUGCUGUGUUAACUUCUUCAGUCCGGAUCGACUGAGUUUGAGUUCUGCUGUUUUCCAAGUGGUAGCAGUACAUGCAAGCCCUGGAUGAGAACUGGACCUGAGCCUGGGGCGGUCUAUGAUGUUCAAAGCUUUUUUCGUUGCAUCACCUGACCCCUCCCGGUCUAUUUGACUUGCCAUUAUUACUCCCAACCCAAUCCCACAUAUCUGCUUGGCAACAGUAUGAUUAUUUACAUUGACCCCACCCAGCCCACUGGGACAAGAAUACCCAAAAACCAAGCUCGCCAAAUGAUAUGAUAGUAGCCAGCUGGAUCACUUUUUGUGCUUGCAGGAGCCUUGCAAGGGUUCUGCUCUUUCUUUCCUCCUCAAACUCCCUCUCUCCAUUCUGGGAGACCCUUGCCAGUGUGGUCUCCGGCACUGGAACCAUGGGUAACAGCUGUGUGUGCCGGGAGGAUAGUGACUUGGAAGAUCAUCACCAUGGGUCGUCGAGGGCAACCCGAGGACAAGCUAGGCGGGUGGAUCACGGUACAGGCGUAGGUGUCGAUGCUGGAGAGGCGCGGAGCAGUAGACCCAGGGACCCAGUCAGGCCGCCACGCCGGGGGCGCGGGCCCCAUGAGCCAAGACGGAAGAAGCAGAAUGUGGAUGGCCUGGUGCUGGACACAUUGGCUGUCAUCAGGACACUGGUGGACAAUGACCAAGAACCCCCUUACUCCAUGAUCACUUUGCAUGAGAUGGCAGAGACAGAUGAUGGUUGGCUGGAGGUUGUCCAGUCUCUGAUUCGAGUGAUCCCAUUGGACGAUCCGCUUGGCCCUGCAGUGAUAACCCUUCUGUUGGAUGAGUGUCCCCUGCCCACUAAGGAUGCUCUCCAGAAACUGUCUGACAUGCUGAGUCUGAGUUCGGCUGUAGCAAAACAGGACGCUCUAAAUCCUGCUAAACACAGAAACACCACAGCUGUCCUGGGAUGCUUGGCAGAGAAACUGGCUGGUCCGGCUAGUAUUGGAUUGUUGAGCCCUGGAACCCUUGAGUACCUUCUAGAGAGUCUGAGCUCUGAAGCCCACCCAACUGUCAUGCUGUUUGCUCUCAUCGCUUUGGAGAAGUUUUCCCAGACCAGUGAAAACAAACUGACGGUGUCUGAGUCAUGCAUCAGCAAUCGACUCGCUGUCCUGGAGUCAUGGGCAGAGCAUCCUGACUACCUGAAGAGGCAGGUCGGAUUCUGCUCACAGUGGAGCCUCGACAACCUGUUCCUAAAGGAGGGUCGUCAGUUCACCUAUGAGAAGGUCAACCUCACCAACAUCAAUGCCAUGCUCAACAGCAAUGAUGUCAGCGAGUACCUCAAGAUCUCCCCUUCUGGACUAGAGGCCCGAUGCGAUGCCUCGUCCUUUGAGAGCGUGCGUUGUACAUUCUGCGUGGAUUCAGGCGUCUGGUACUACGAGGUGACGGUCAUUACAUCAGGCGUGAUGCAAAUCGGAUGGGCCACCAAGGACAGCAAGUUCCUCAACCAUGAGGGCUAUGGGAUAGGCGACGAUGAAUACUCGUGUGCGUAUGAUGGCUGCAGGCAGCUCAUCUGGUACAACGCUCGCAGUAAACCUCACUCUCACCACUGCUGGAAGGAGGGAGAUGCCAUCGGCUUCCUGUUGGACCUCAGCAAGAAGCAGAUGAUUUUCUAUCUGAACGGACAUCAGCUGCCGCCGGAGAAACAGGUCUUCUCCUCAGCCACGUCCGGUUUCUUUGCAGCAGCCAGCUUCAUGUCUUACCAGCAGUGCGAGUUUAACUUUGGGGCCAAGCCUUUCCGUCACCCGCCUUCUGUAAAGUUCAGCACCUUCAACGAUUUCGCUUCACUGCUGCCCAGUGAAAAGAUCAUCCUACCCAGACACCGGCGUCUGGCCUUACUUAAGCAGGUUAGCAUCCGAGACAACUGCUGCACGCUGUGUUGUGACGUCAUGGCUGACACGGAGCUGCGGCCCUGUGGACAUGGUGGUAUGUGUAUGGAGUGUGCCUUACAGUUAGAGACGUGCCCCCUGUGCCGCCAGGACAUCCAGACCCGCGUCAGACUCAUUGCACAUAUCUCCUGACAAACCUCCUGCCCCUUCUCAAACAAGGAGAGACACACAAGCCCUACAGCCUCGCCCUCCUCCUCUAAUCCCAUAUCACCCAGCGGGGCUACGAGGACAGGGCCAGGGAGUUGUGAUGAUACCAGAACUGUGACUUCUGGUACCAGGAAGCGACGAUGCAGGGGUGGAGCGGAGAAAAAGAGGAGAUGAGAGGAGGGGAAUUUAAACAACAGCUGGAUCCCCAGGAGCUUUCUCCCAAUGGCCUACAGCUCCUCUGUUGUAUCCUUCUGACAACUCUUUACAGAAGCCGGUUCAAGUAUCGUCAACUUUCUAUAAACGGCGUUUGAUUCAGAAAAUGAGGAGCAGAAACAAUUUAAUGAGAUUACAGACGGAACCAUUCUCUCAUCUGCAAGCCCCUGCGUAGAGUUAUCAGACAUCCUCUCUAUGAUAUGAGGAUCCCACUGCGCUUUGAGCCAACAGGCUACUACUAUUUAAUCCCAUCAUCGUCAUGCACACGUCUACAGAUCUGAAAGGGCUGGGUAACAUAAAAGAUCACAGCCUGUUGUACAGUAAACUCAAGGUACAGAUACAUUUGCUAAGAAUCUCACUUUCAUGUUUUGGGGAUAUGCGAAUUGUGGUGUUCUCGAGAUACAUUUUCUUUCUCUUUUCUCAAGUUUAUACCAACACCUAUCCUUUGGUAAGCUUCACCCUCUGAACUGACUGAUUUCCCAUUGGUAGGUUUUGCCAUUUGCAAAAAAAGACCUAAUUUUGUCAAAUGUAAACAAAUCCAAUAUUUGAAUUUUCUGAUUCGGUUUACAAAUGUUAGAAAUGAGAUCAGCGAUAGAGAUCGUUAACGACAAAAUCCUUGUUUUACAACCAGUGAAAAAAAAACAACAACUUGAAUCUGUAUUAUAAGUAACUGAUUCAAACACAGCUGACCCGGCUGCUUUUUGUGCUUUAUUGACUUUUCUCAGAUGUUGAUAUUUCCUUAGUCUUUGUCAUGUAUGCAACAACCACAGCCAAUAAAUACACAGCGAUUAGAAUUUACAGAAAGGUAAUCUGUAAAUGAAUCACAUGUUCUCUCCCCAAUGAUAAGUGCUUAUGUUUUAAGAGCAAGUGAGGGAGAAGUAUACAAAUUAAUUUCCACCACAUUCAGAAUGUAUCUGGGAUUGCUUGAUUGGUGCUUACAAUUUGACAACAACUUUUAACGCAGCACAACCAUGAGGCGGGCUCUAUUGAGUAAAUAUGUCUUAUUUUUUAGUUUGUUAUGACACACAAUAGUCGUCUGUGUUAAGACAACUAUUUUCAAUCCUCAAGAUGUGAUUUAAUUUAGUGUUAUUAAUGAUGGUGAACACUGAUGUAGAGACUCGGUUGAGAGGUACAACAGGUUUUGUUGAUUGAUAGUGUUGUAUUAGCCGAUCAGUUAAAUGCUUGAAACAAAUGUGAAAUGUUUAAGUGAAUUGUUUUUCACCAAUAUCAGUUAACUAAAUAUCCCAGGGUCAUUUUUAAGAUGUUGUCAUUUUGGGUCUGAUUUGGCAGUGAAUACUUGACAUGAACUAGCAAACCAACUACACACAACACAGUGACAUCAGAAUAAAACAUGUUAUGUUUCACUUGAUACCAAUCACAGCUUACAGAAUAGAUCUUGUCAAAACAAGUUUUUACAUUGAAAGCGUAUCUUUCAAUGCAUCUUUAAGACUGAUUAAAUUGUGUUGACCCUCUUUGUGCUUUAUACAACAUAACAAAACAUCUCCCUGCUCUCAUUUAGCCAUUUCUCCAUCUUUCUCCCUCCGUCUUUAUAAGAACCCCUUGUUACCUGUCCGUCUUUCUGUCCAUUCUUUACUUGAAGCAUCUCUGGAUUGACUGAAUGACAUUUGUUUUUGGGAAAUGGGUGAUGAGAGAUGGUGAUCGUAGAAAAAUUCUAUUUGUACAACUAAAGAAAGAAGAAAUCUGGUGACAUUUCAAAUCAUCACAAUGAAUAAUUUUGAAUUCAUUUUGGUCAAAUUGUUUAUGAAUAGUUACUGCUCCACCAAAUUGCAUGAACAGGAUCUGUAAAAUCAUUGAGACUAUACUGGAAUGAUUUCUAAAAGGUAACAUGCAUCUCUUAGUAGGCGACAAUAGACGGGCCCGGUCACUGUUUGCUAUCUUGUAUUUCCUGGAGCACCUAAUACUGUACAUGCAGGUGAGAGAAAUUAUAUGUUUGUCUCUUAAGGUUUGAGAUGAGAUUCAGGAUUGUAAAGAAUAAAUUGUGGAUCGUAUUUAAAACAUCUAUUGAGGAAUUUUGCCCCAGAGUUCCCAAAGAUGUGAAUGAAGAAUUAUUGUUUCUUGGAUUGUGAUAUUUGUAAUAAAUGUAUGUUCAUGUGA